AUGAGAUUCGUCUGGCAGAGUUCAACUCGCGCACAUCUCCCAUUUGCGGCUCUUCUCGCUACCCUCGGGGCUGUCGUGGGAGUCGAACCGGGCCAGCUUCACCUGCCCCUGAACGUCGAUGAAGUGGCGCAGCUCUGGCACGGUCCAGUGUUCGUCGGCGGCCGCGAACCCAACGCCGAGCUGUUGCGCAGCUUUCGAACGGAACAUCCAACGCCGCAACCGCGCCUGCCACACCACGACGACACCUUCGACGACCUUGAGCCUUUUCAUCCGCUGCCGCCACUUAGCCCGGAGAGGCUCAACGAACCGCCCGAGCCGGUUGCGAGCUCCAAGGAGCGUCCUGGCCGAACAGCACCGAGUACGGGCUCUUCGUCGCAAGGUGCAGCACCGCUCAUUCAAGCAGCUCCUAAAGCUCCCAAGAGGCGUGCUCGUAAGAUUCGUCUCGUUCCUGCUGCCACUGACAGCGGCACGCAGCACCUCGAGACAGACAUCGACCGCAUCAACAACGGUCCGAUCCGUCAGGGCAUCCGCUACCGUGACGGCGAGCUGGCCGAACUCACCGUGCGCGCUCUGAAGAGGCGGAUCAUCGACGCAGUCGGGCUGCAUGGUGCCCCGGAGCAGCCAAAGGUCUGGAUCGACCCGGCUCCACGCAAAGCGAGCCUCUCGAGGCCCAAACAGACGUUGAUCUUGGCCCUCUUCAGCGCUGUUGACCAUCAGAAGAAGCCGAAGCUCGGCCUGAUGGAAGACAUCAUGACCGACGACUACCGCGUCGUCUUUUCGCAUGCUGCCAAGACCACCGUGCCAGACUCCAGCACGUUUGUGUUUUACGCCAUUGCCGUGCCCGUCAAGGACUUCAAGGACCCAACCCGGGCCCCCUCAAUCAUGCGGACCUACUUGGGCAAGGUCUAUGUCCAGGCGCCGCCGCAUCUCCUGCGUCCCGAGGGGUUCUCCAAGAACCUUAACACGCGGAUUCGACAGGCACAGCAGGCGUUGAACCAGGAGAGUGAAGCCAUGCAUCCGGGACAGACUGCAGCAGCAUCAGCACCGGCUGGAACAGAUCACGGCGCAGGUCAGACAAGGCAGCCGGGCAAGCUCACCGGCUUCGGCCUGCCGUGA